AUGGGCUCCCUUGCAGCCCUCAUAGACCAGCUGGAGCCCGAGGUUGAGGAUCCAGAAGAAGAAACCUUUCUCCUCUACUCUCAACCUAUUCCCUCGUUAGACCUCGGCUUCAUCGACCCUCGCGCUGCGUCAGUAGACGUCUCUGUCGCGGGGCAUGACUUUACCAUUCAUCAGUCACCCGCCGUCCUCUCAUCAUCUCGUGCAGGCGGCACAACCGGAGCAGUCAUCUGGAAGAUAUCCCCCAGCUUCGCCUCAUGGCUCGCCUCCCCUUCCAACCCUGUAUGGGCCACCACCUCAAGCUCCCCUUCGGUCCUUGAGCUCGGCUGCGGCAUCUCCCCCUUGAGUGCCCUCGCUCUCGCCCCGCGCGUCGCCCGCUACGUCUUGACCGAUCAGUCCUACGUCCAGCGCCUCCUCCAGCGCAACAUUGACGAGAACCUCGAGUCCGCUCUGGGCUCCUCAGGGACGUCUACGCCAACUGGGAGGUCUAGGAAGAAGCGUGGUGGUCAUGCUCAUCCUGUGUCCAAGCCCAGCAUCAACUUCACCACACUGGACUGGGAGACGGACGAGGUAACACCGAGCCUGACGGGGAGCGGUGAAGUGCGCAGUUUCGACGCCGUCGUUGCCUGCGACUGCGUCUACAACUACGCCCUCGUGUCGCCCUUUGUCCAAACAUGCGUCGAUGCGUGCCGCCUACGCUCCGCCGACGACGCCUUCACGGGUGACGACUCACGACCGUGUAUCUGUGUCAUCGGCCAGCAGCUCCGCAACGACGAGGUCUUUGAGUCGUGGCUCGAGACGUUUCACGCAUCCUUCCGCGUCUGGAGAGUCCCGGACGAUGCCCUCCCAGAGGACUUGAGGUCCAGUGCUGGAUUCGUGGUCCACAUUGGCGUCCUGAGAGACAAGAUGAGGUAG